UUAAUUCACUACAAAAUGCAAACGGUGAUUAAUAACUACAUCACCAAGCCUGAGCCUCCAAGAUGCACAGGGAGCUUUCAUCCCAGGGAGCUGCGCUUUUCUCGCACAAUGAUCUUUGCCAUUGAGGAGAUAAACAACAGCACAGAGCUGCUGCCAGGAAUCAAACUGGGCUAUCAGAUCCAUGACACCUGCGCAUCUGUGCCUGUAGCUGUGCAUGUUGCAUUUCAGCUAGUGAACGGCCAGGACCCCGUGUUUUACCAGGGCAGGAAUUGUUCUCAGUCUGGAGUGGUGGUGGCUGCUGUGGGAGACUCUGCAUCCACUCCAUCCAUCAGCAUGUCACGCAUCAUGGGGCUCUUCAACAUUCCUCUGGUGAGCCAUUUUGCAACUUGUGCCUGCCUGUCAGAUAAACAAGAAUAUCCAACAUUUUUCAGAACAAUUCCCAGUGACCAGUUCCAAGCUGACGCCCUGGCCAAGCUGGUGAAACACUUUGGUUGGACUUGGAUUGGUGCCAUCCACUCGGACUCGGAUUAUGGAAAUAAUGGCAUGGCAUCAUUUCUUAAGGCAGCAAAAAGUGAGGGGAUCUGUGUGGAGUACAUUGAAUCAUUUUAUCGGACUGACCCACAAAGCAAGAUCAGAAGAGUUGCUGACGUUAUCCGCAGGUCAACAGCAACAGUUGUUGUUGCAUUUGUAGCUGAUGGUGACAUGAAGUUCCUGUUAGAGGAGCUGGCUCUGGACCCUCCUCCACCUCGGCAAUGGGUUGGUAGUGAAUCCUGGAUAACUGACCCAAACUCCAUGACCUUUGGUUUCUGUGCAGGAGCCAUUGGAGUUGCCAUUCAGAAAUCUGUCAUCCCAGGGCUGAGAGAUUUCCUCCUGGAUCUCUCUCCAUCUAAUGUCGCUGCCUCCUCAGUGCUGACUGAGUUCUGGGAGGAGGCAUUCAACUGCAGCCUGACAACAACUGCUGUUGUAACUAAGAGACAGUGUGAUGGAACUGAAGAUAUUAAAGUGCUUGUAAGCCCGUACACUGAAACAUCUCAGUUAAGAAUCACCAACAUGGUGUACAAGGCUGUUUAUGCUGUAGCACAUGCCAUACAUGAUGCUGUAUGUCAGGAAACAAAGAACAAGACAAAAUGUGACAAACACAGCAAUAUGGAGCCCAAACAGCUAUUUGCUGCAUUAAAGAAAGUGAACUUUACCCAAAAUGGUUAUCAUGUCUCAUUUGAUAAAAAUGGAGAUCCUGUGGCUUUUUAUGAACUUGUAAACUGGCAGAAAAGUGAGAGUGGAGAUAUUGAACUGGUAACAGUGGGAUAUUAUGAUGCUUCACUGCCAAAGGGCCAGGAGUUUAAUAUCAACGGGAAAUUAACCUGGUUGGAAGGUGGAACACAAGUUCCAGUGUCAGUUUGCUCAGAGAGUUGUCCUCCAGGAACUCGUAAAGUGUUGCAGAAAGGAAAACCAAUCUGCUGCUAUGACUGUAUACCAUGUCCUGAAGGAGAGAUCAGUAAUAUGACAGAUUCUCCUGAUUGCUUCCCAUGUCCCAGAGAGUUCUGGCCAAAUGCAAAGACAGACGCUUGUUUCCACAAACCAGUUGAGUUUCUUUCCUUCGAUGAAGUCCUGUCAAUCAUCCUUGCUGCAUUCUCUGUUGGUGGAGCCGUACUCACUGUCAUAACAGGAGUAAUUUUCCUCCAUCACAGAACAACUCCAAUUGUCAGAGCCAACAACUCUGAGCUGAGCUUCCUGCUGCUCUUCUCUCUGACUCUGUGUUUCUUAUGUUCACUAACUUUCAUUGGAGCCCCCUCUGAGUGGUCCUGCAUGCUGCGGCACACAGCGUUUGGCAUCACAUUUGUUCUCUGUAUCUCCUGUGUUCUUGGGAAAACUAUAGUGGUUCUAAUGGCCUUUAAAGCUACACUUCCUGGUAGUAAUACAAUGAAAUGGUUUGGACCUCUACAACAAAGAAUGACUGUAGUGUCUUUUACAUUUAUUCAGGUUAUAAUAUGUAUCAUUUGGUUGGUUGUGAGUCCUCCCUUCCCAGUGAAAAAUCUGACCACCUACAAGGAGAAGAUCAUCCUGGAAUGUGCGUUAGGCUCUGCUGUUGGUUUCUGGGCUGUGCUCGGCUACAUCGGCCUGCUGGCUGUGUUUUGCUUUGUGUUAGCUGUUCUAGCUCGGAAACUACCUGAUAAUUUCAACGAAGCCAAGAUGAUAACCUUCAGUAUGUUGAUAUUCUGUGCAGUCUGGAUCACCUUCAUCCCAGCUUAUGUCAGCUCUCCUGGAAAAUUUACUGUGGCUGUGGAGAUCUUUGCUAUUCUGGCCUCCAGUUUUGGACUGAUACUGUGUAUAUUUGCUCCAAAGUGUUUCAUCAUUUUGUUUCAGCCAGACAAAAACAACAGGAAAAGUUUGAUGAACAAACACUGA